AUGCUCCUACCGCUUCGAGAAAUCGCCAGAGCCUGCUAUCAAUUCUCGACCUUUCUGGAAGUAUCGAACUCCACACCUCUCUCGAACUUCGCAAGGAGCCCAAAACCAGCGCCUCCUCCACCUAUAAAUUCCUCACAAUUCCCCGCAUCUCCAUCUCAAUCCGGACCCCAACAUUUUCAAUCUCAUCAAAAAUCUGCAACGGAUGUUCGAAUGUUUGACUUAGAGAACCCCCUCCUCUCAACCCUCCACCACCUAAUCGCCGACGUCCCCGACGAAACCGAGAGGUCCGUCCCCACCCCGACUGGCACCUACGUGCGCGACGCCCGUGCAAUGGCAUCAACCCCUCUCGACGUCAAGGAGCUCCCGGCCGCCUACUCCUUCGUGGUCGACAUGCCCGGCGUCAAAUCGGGGGAGAUCAAGGUGCAGAUUGAGGACGACAAUGUGCUGGUCAUAAGCGGAGAGAGGAAGAGAGAAGGGGAGGAGAAGGAGGGAGAGGGGAAGUAUUUGAGGAUGGAGAGGAGGAUGGGGAAGUUUAUGAGGAAGUUCAGGUUGCCGGAGGACGCGGACCUGGAGAGGGUCACGGCGGAGUCUAAGGAUGGGGUGUUGACCGUGACGGUGAUGAAGAAGCCGCCGCCGGAGCCUAAGAAGUCAAGGACUGUGCAAGUCAGGGUCGCUUGAAGCCGAAGUUUGGUUUGAUUUUGGAUAAGGAUUUUGUUAUGCUUCUGGGUUUCUUGAAUAAUGCUUGUUUUGAGCAGUUAAUUAGUGUGACCUGUUAUUGCUGUUGGUACCUAUGUUUUGUAUUUGGUAACUAGCAUUUUAAUGUAAGUGAUCUGAUAGUUUUCUUUGCA